CCCGUGAUGGCCGGUGCCGCCGCCGUCGCGCUGUCCUUCUCUCUGCUGCCGGCCACCGCCGUCCCUCCGCCGCUGUCAUCUCCCGACCACCGCGCCGCCGCCAUGGCCGAGGAGGAGGCUCCCAGCGAUGGGUUUGGAUGGUUAUUCAGCUGGCUUCCUGCUUGGUGUCCCACAUCACUGCUACACCUUAAAGAGGCUGAGGACAAAAUGCUAAAAUGUAUUGCAAGCAUAUACAAUAAACGAUAUGUGUAUAUAUCUAAUGGAAAUAAAAUAUGGACUCUGACAUUCUCUCCAGACCUUUCAAAUAAAACUCCACUUGUUCUCCUGCAUGGGUUUGGAGGAGGUGUUGGACUGUGGGCUCUCAACUUUGAAGAUCUCUGUGAGAACAGGACCGUUCAUGCUUUCGACCUCUUGGGAUUUGGGCGUAGCAGUAGACCACACUUUGACACUGAUGCUCGGGAAGCAGAAAAUCAGUUCGUGGAGUCCAUAGAGGAAUGGAGAAAGGAGGUGGGGCUAGAAAAAAUGAUUUUGCUUGGACACAACCUAGGUGGAUUCCUGGCUGCUGCU